AAUCAAAUCACAUCUGGUACCUGUAAAAUGGCUGCCGCCACCUCCCCUAACGGUGCGACCCGAUUCGCUCAAGGCACGUCUGGGUACCAUGGAUUAUGCAGCUCUUCUGAUCGUGGAGAGAAAAGCAAGCGCGAAAAGCCGGUGCUCCCGGGCUCUGUGUAAGUUUGGGACUUGGCCUUCGCCAAUGCACAUCUAUCCCUAA